UGCCAACCGGCCAAAAAUCAAAAAACCCAGCCAGGAGAAAUCACUAUUCAAUAUUCAAUUAUUCUCCUUUGCACGUCUAUUUUGGUCAGAAGAAAAAUAGAAACAGCUUUUGUUGGAAAAUCGCAUUUUUCACUUAUGCUAGAGCUCCACAAACCCGUAGUAAGCGAAUCCAGUACAGGUACGAAAUGGGUAAGGCGAAAAAGCAACAACGUAAAGGGACCAAGGGCGACGAAAGCGAUUCGGAGGUAGAAGGCGACACUCAGGGCUUAAUUGAGAAAGCCAGCAGCAAGAAAUCCAAGCCGCAAAAAACCAAGGAAGACACCGAAAACAAUCCAGCAAAGACAAAGAAAAAACCGAAAAAACUGACAGAAUCAGAAGAUGACUCAGAAGUGGAAGCAGCCAAAGUCCAAGGCUCGUUCGCCCUUCUACAGGUAGAGGACAGCGGCGACGAAGAACCACCAGCGAUGCAACAGAGUGAGAGCGAAGAAGAAAAAAAACCGGCGGCAAAAACCCAAAACAAAAAGGGCAAAAAAAGUAAAAGGAAAAAGGGGGAAGACGAUGAUGAGGAACUAGAGCGGGCUUUGGCCGAAUUAGAAAUGGAAUACACUGGGGGAGUGAAAAAAGAAGCAGAAGCAGAAGCAAAAGAAGAAGAAGAAGAACCAGAAAUUAAUAAAGUUAAAAAAAGCAAAAAGAAAGCUAAAGAAGUGGAAGAAUCAGAAGAAACUAAUGAAGAAGGUACUGUAAAAACAGCGGCUCAAAAAAAGAAGGAGAAAAAAGAAAGAGAGAAACAAAAAAAAUUAGCCACUAAAACAACCGUCAAGAAACUAGACAGCGUUGAAGCUGAAGACAAUGCAGAACAACCCCAAACCGAAAACAACGCAGAAGAGGAACAAGGCAAGAAAAAGAAAAAACCAGCCAAAGACAAGGAAGACAAAGACGCGAAAACGAAAAAAGGCCCCGCCAAAAAAACCAUAGCGGCAAUGCAAGAGGCCCUAAAAAAAAUCAAAGACGAAGAAGAACGACUAAAACGCGAAGAAGAAGAACGCAUACAACGAGAAGACGAAGCCGAAAACGCUAGGCUAGAAGCCCUCCGCCUGGAACAAGAACGCAAAGACAAAAAGAAGCAAAAAGAAAAAGAACGCAAAGAAAGACUGAAAGCUGAAGGCAAACUAUUGACAGCCAAACAAAAAGCUGACAGAGCUAGAGCCCAAGCUAUGAUUGACAGCUUGAAAGCCCAAGGAGUUGCAUUACCAGAUGUGGGCGAGAAAAAACCAAGACUUGGCACCAGAAUCAAGCAAACUAAACAGAAAAAAGACCAACCUAAAUUAGAAGAACCCAAACCUGAAGAUGCACCAAUAGAAGAACCUAAAGUUGAAGAAGCAUCAGUACCACAAAUCGAAGAAGAACCAUCAGAGGAUGUUAAAGAUACUUGGGAUGCAUCAUCUGAUGAAGAAUCUGAGCCUGUUAAUGCACCAACUAAAGACUCUAGUUCAGAAGAGGAAGAAGACGAAGACUCUGAAUCUGAAACAAACAGCGAAUCAGACUCAGAAAGUGACGAAGACGAUAGAACAGUUGCAGAAAAGGCUAGAGAACGGGCCCAAGAACGCAUAAGAAAACGUAAAGAAGACGCCUUGAAAAACCAAACAGUUGACAACCUGCGCGCUGCAAUUGUCUGCGUCUUAGGCCACGUAGACACAGGCAAGACGAAAAUUUUAGACAAACUAAGACGCACCAACGUGCAAGACGGUGAAGCAGGUGGAAUCACGCAACAAAUUGGUGCCACAAACGUGCCAAUUGAUGCAAUCAAAGAACAAAUCCGCAUAGUCAAAGGUGCAUCAGACAUUACUCUAAAAAUCCCAGGCUUAUUAAUUAUUGACACCCCUGGCCACGAGUCGUUUUCAAAUUUGAGAAACCGAGGUUCAAGCCUUUGCGAUAUUGCAAUCUUAGUUGUGGAUAUUAUGCACGGUUUGGAACCGCAAACAAUAGAAUCUAUUAAUUUGUUGAAACAAAAAAAAUGCCCCUUUAUAGUGGCCUUGAACAAAAUUGACAGGCUAUAUGAUUGGCAAACAAUGAACCGAAAAGACAUUAGGGAUGUUUUAAAAGGCCAGGCAGCUAAUACACAGUUGGAGUUUGAGCAAAGAAGUAAAAGUGUGAUUUUGCAAUUUGCUGAACAAGGCCUCAAUGCUGCAUUGUUUUACGAAAACCCUGACCCUCGUACCUAUUUUUCUUUGGUACCUACUAGUGCAAUCACUGGGGAAGGGAUGGGCAAUUUGCUGGCCUUGAUUGUCGAAUAUUGUCAGGUCAAAUUGCCAAAAAGGCUAAUGUAUUCUGACGAAUUGCAAGCCACUGUAUUAGAGGUUAAAGCAAUUCCAGGUCUUGGUACUACAAUUGACGUAAUUCUAGUUAAUGGUACUUUAAGGGAAGGUGAUACGAUGCUGGUUGCAGGAACUGAUGGUCCAAUAGUGACUCAAAUUAGGUCUUUGCUAAUGCCUCAACCGAUGAGGGAGUUGCGUGUGAAGAAUGCCUACAUAGAAUAUAGAGAAAUCAAAGCAGCUCAAGGAGUAAAAAUAGCUGCUAAAGAAUUGGAAAAGGCCAUUGCGGGUUUGAAUUUGUAUGUGGCUGUGAAGCCUGAUGAAGUUGAUGUGCUUAGAGAUGAGGUGGCACGUGAACUUAAAAGUGCCCUGUCCAGUAUUAAGUUGCAAGAGCGGGGAGUAUAUGUACAAGCCUCUACUUUAGGGUCUCUAGAGGCCUUGUUGGAAUUUUUAAGAGUCAGCAAAAUUCCUUAUUCUGGCAUUAGAAUAGGGCCUGUUGUCAAAAAGGAUAUCAUUAGGGCCUCGAUUAUGUUGGAGCAUGAACCUCAGUUUGCAACAAUUUUAGCAUUUGAUGUUAAAAUAGAAAAAGACGCUCAAGAAAUGGCUGACAGUAUGGGAGUCAAAGUAUUCCAGGCUGAUAUAAUUUAUCAUCUUUUCGAUAAGUUCAUGGCCUACAGGGAAGAGUUGAAGCAAAAGAAAAGGGAAGAAUUCAAAAACGUUGCAGUUUUUCCUUGUCGCUUGCGAGUUUUGCCACAAUUUAUUUUCAACUCGCGAGAUCCCAUUGUUUGUGGGGUAAUGGUUGAGGCGGGUAUUGUGAAAGAAGGUACCCCGCUUUGUGUACCUAGUAAAGAGGUGAGUAACUUCAAACCAGUGACAUCUCAGGUUUGUUGA